GUCAACGCCGUCGCACCACUGCUGACCAUGUGCUUCUUGGUGGCCUACACCUUUAUGAACUUCUCCUGCUUCGUUCUUACCUGGGUGCGAUCACCAGGGUUCCGACCUUCAGGAAUGUCGCGAAAGCGCUGGAGAUGUUGGUACAUGUUUACGGGCCUGCUGGGUUCUAUCGUAUGCCUGUCCAUCAUGGUCAUUGUAAGCCAGUACUGGGCUGUGGGCGUGCUGUUUGUGAGCUUCUGUCUCUACCUUUACAUCAACUGGCGGCUCGAGCAGCGAGAGUGGGGCAGCGCCUUAGACGGUAUCCGGUUCCAGCUGGCACUGAACUCGCUUAUCCAGCUCGAGGAGCGUGGCCAUGCUGCAGUCAAUUGGCAGCCGCAGGUACUGAUCCUGUACCGUAUCCACCUCUCU